GGGAAGGGAAUCAAGUCCAAGGGGGAGUCGCGCGCAGGGUUCUGGUUGGAUGUUUCUUGUGUUAUGCCUUAGCGUAUUGCUUUUUGGUUGAUUCUUUAUUUUUGUGGAUUUUCUAUCCGCCGAGGGUGCCGCGAAUGUUUCGCAUUCGAUUGGUCGGGAAUAUUUUGAAGUGUUUCAGUUUUCGAUGUUUUAAAAGUGUCGCGCCGUGAAUAGAUCUUGGCAAAGAGAGAGUGCUGCGCUGCAUGUCGGCGUAUGUUUGUGUCGGCUAUUGUAUAUAUGACUCGUUGAAGAUGAGAUGACCUCGCAAGCUCCAUUGGAUUUAUCAAUGAUUGCCGCCGCCGCACUUGAUUCGCAUCAUGUGGUUGAUUCGCAAGUACUGGCGGUUCUCGCUGAUGUUGUCGCCUAUCCACCCUGCAGAAGUAUUUUACGUCGACGCGAUACAUCGCAAUCCUCCUCGCGAUAGUUCUAUAUGGUAUUGCAUUUUUUGGCUUCGUUCGGAUAUCAAACCAAAAAAACUUUCUCAUUCUCAAAAGUCGAAGCAUUUGUCAAACGUUCGCCAGUCAGGACACAACAGAUAGCGCUUUGAGUUAUCUAUUCUAAGUUAGCUAGAUUUAGAUCGAGGUCGAGGGUCGGCUGGAUAUCGGUCGAAAUCGGCGGCGUUGAUCGGUACGUGAUAGAAGACGCUGGCGAACACUCCGCGAUGGUCAGAAGGCACCAGAAAUCAUACAAGUAAAUGGCUAUAUUGAUGGUGCGGCACCACCCCAAGAGCGAAGGUUCCCAGCGGUACAGAUCCCAAGUCAACAAGUAACACCUUCCACCAAGUGGCAAAAUGUUGGCGAGUCACCUGUGGUUUGGCAUUGGAAUACGAGAGGACAGAUCUUAUGACGGUGCUGAAAUCUUAGCACGUAGACAACAGAAGACACACUGUCCGAGAUUUUCCAAAUGUUCUAUGUAUUUGCUUACACUUCGUGACUCCUGAGCAUGACACUGCCUCGGGGGGCGAGAUGUCUCGUCGAGUGAUGGGCCACGUCAGCGACAACGUGCUUCGUGGUAUGUGCAGGAACUUCCAGCGCAACUCUGGUGGAGGCGCGUCCCGCUCGUCGAACCGCGACAGCCGUAUCUCGUGCGAGGAUCUGUUGGCCGGUGCCUUUCAGGACAGCGAAGACUUCAUGCCGCCUGGGCGCGCCCUGUUUGAUCACGGGGGAACUACAUCGGCCGAGGAAGAAGGCGAAAGCGAUUUGUUGGAAAUGCAGCAGCUCCAGCUUUGCACGAUGCAGCUGAAGAAGAGCCAGAAGAUUCGCCGCUCCCAGGGCCGUGGUAUUCUGUCUUACAUUCUUCCAUGAUGUUGCGGAGUUUUCUAGUGGCAAGAAGUUCCGCAAGAAGUUGAUGGACUAGGCUUGCAGCAAUAUCCAAAAAAAGCAACUGAGUUGUGGCAUUCUAUAAACAACAGGACGCCCCAGCGAAGCGUCCGCCCGCACCCCUGUCAUGCCGAUUCCCGCCAGCGGUUCGAAAGAGGACACCUACCGCCGUGAACAGGUGCGAGCGUGGAUUCCGAAGGCUGGCCAUCAGCUCAGCCAACUUCUUCAUAUGAACGAGGAUCCGCGUAUGACCGAGCCGGUUGGUGCUGACUUCGGUGGAGGGCCCCCCACUUUUGCUGCCAAGUUGCGCGGGCAAUACGAAGUGGCUUUCCCGACUACUGGUCCCAGCUACCACGUUCCGACGGUUGAUCCUGCGAAUUGUGGAUGGCGCCCGACUCCCGGAGGUAUUCGCGAAUGAAUAACUUGAAACGUUUCAUGUCAAAUUCACAAACGAGCACUGCUCAACUCCCACCCACUUUCAGCCAGCAGCUAUUUUUAGCCGACAACUCUUCCAGGUGUGUCGAGCCGCGAUGCUCCCCCGAAGGUCGACUUGCAUGCGUUCAAGUAUCCGAGUCGUGCGGUUGGAGAACGCCAGGAAUCGCAGAAGCGCGACAAGUCUACGAAGGAUGGCGAGCCUUCCCGGGGCGGCCACUCUACAUCUUCAUGCCUUACAUACGAACAGGGGCCAUACAGCAGCAGACAGGGAAUUCUGCUGCCGCUCCCGAUUAUAGCGGAGCACAUCGGAUCUUUUGCGAUUUCGUGGACAGCAUCCAGUCGACCCUUGGAACACACAUGGAACGCAUACGAUAAGCCGAAAAAGAGGCGCCAAUAGAGUGCCGUAGUAUGGUCUUAUGUUAUCUCUCACGUGCCUUGUGUGUGUGGUUGUUGGGUGAGUAUUGACGAACAACCACACUGAAGAUGUGUUAACGGUUUACUUCUGGAUGGCGAUGCUACAGAAGAAAACCCUGCAGCAUCUAACUUUACGACAAUUCAUGCUGUAAGAAGUGGAAGAAACUCACGGGAGGAAUAUGAAUAGAAAAUAUACGAUUGCAUCUUGUUCAUCUUCAUCGUUUCAACUCGCCUGCCUUGCUAUUUGUCUGCAAGACGCUGUGCUUGUUUUAUCUCCUUCGCAACUUCUGCUGCAUGUUGUAGCAUAUCUAAACGCUAAUGCUGUCCUGCUUCUUCAGAAGUUACGCUUCUCGUCUCGAGAUGAUCAACUACACCACUCUACAUGUCCCCAGUGCUGCUCUUUGUCAUAGCCGUCCUCGGGAAUGUGCCCAAUCGAGUACAGUAAAAAAUCCCCUCCAUGCUGCUCCUGCCCACUCAUACUCUUCGGACUGCGCGCGAUGCGAUACUUAGAUCGCGAAUACAAGUGGAAAGAUUAUCACAAUGAAUGUUGAUAAAUUAAACGUGACAGACUUCUCAGACCUAGCGUCGUCCAUUAGAUUAAGGUAUAGCACUAAAAGGUGAAAGAGAGGAAAAAACGCUAAGGAGCGCUUUGGAUGUUAAUAAAUUAAAAAAAUGAUAAUACGUAGUGCGUAGCAAUGGG